UCACUCGCGGCACUGCCAGUGCCAAAUGCCAAAGUUUCAAUUUCCUACGUGAUAAAGUGAACUCAAUUACAGAGAUUGGUAUCGGGACUGCGACUUCGCGAGUGUUUUUGCUGGUUGUUUUAAAAGGAAGUUAAACGAGAACUAAAUAUGCCUAAGUAUUACAAAGUGGAAAUCAACAAGACGGAAUGGAUUGUGCCAGAGCGAUACCAAAUGCUUACACCCGUAGGAUCCGGCGCCUACGGUCAAGUUUGUUCUGCCAUAGACACCCUACACAACAUGAAGGUGGCCAUCAAGAAACUAGCGCGGCCUUUCCAAUCGGCCGUGCAUGCCAAGAGGACAUACAGAGAACUGCGCAUGUUGAAACACAUGAACCAUGAAAAUGUCAUAGGGUUGUUGGACGUGUUCAGCCCCGAGAAGACCCUGGAGGAGUUCCAGCAGGUAUACCUGGUGACGCACCUGAUGGGCGCCGACCUCAACAACAUCGUGCGCACGCAGAAGCUCUCCGACGACCACGUGCAGUUCCUGGUCUACCAGAUCCUGCGCGGGCUCAAGUACAUCCACUCUGCGGGCAUCAUACACAGGGACCUGAAACCAUCAAACAUUGCUGUCAACGAAGACUGCGAGCUGAAAAUCCUGGAUUUCGGCCUCGCCAGACCAACUGAAAUAGAAAUGACGGGCUACGUCGCCACGAGAUGGUACCGCGCGCCGGAGAUCAUGCUGAACUGGAUGCACUACAACCAGACGGUGGACAUCUGGUCCGUGGGCUGCAUCAUGGCCGAACUGCUCACCGGCAGGACUCUGUUCCCCGGCUCGGACCAUAUUGACCACCUCACGAGGAUAUUGUUCUUGUGCGGGAAACCCGACCAAGAGACCAUUGACAAAAUUAUUAGUGAAGAGGCCCGCAACUACAUCCAAUCCCUGCCUGCGCUCGCGCGCCGAGACUUCCGCGAGGUGUUCCGAGGCGCCAACCCGCUCGCCAUCAACUUACUCGAGCUCAUGCUGGAACUGGACGCUGACAAGCGUAUAACGGCAGAACAAGCGCUAGCACACAAGUACCUGGAGCAGUACGCGGACCCGAGCGACGAGCCCGUCUCGGCGCCCUACGACCAGAGCUUCGAGGACAUGGACCUGCCCGUCGACAAGUGGAAAGAGCUGGUGUGGAAGGAGGUGGUCGAGUUCAAGCCGCACCCGCAGCACAUGAACACCGUCGUGGAGGUUAACCCUGAAUAGGAACCCCCCGAGUGUAACCCCCCACCCCCUCCCUGUUGUAGGGGUGACAUCGAGACGGUACGACACCAAUGCAGCUUCAUUGCAAACUGACCGACGGCGGCACAUAUAAUCUUAGCGUUUUCCCGGUUCCUAAAGGCUCCAAACUAAAACUUCUUUGUUUUUACGGUUACGUCUUUAUAAGGAGCUCUGGGUCCGAUUUAGCAACCCAAUUCCAGUUAUUGGCGCAGACUAGAUUUGGUUACGUAUCUGGCCUUUCAACAUAAACUAGGCCUGAUUUUUGGUUUCCCCAAUUUCGUCUAGUUAAAUCAGAGAACAGGAACUGCAAUACAAUAUGGCGCCCGAAUAAUAAUCAUAUUAACGUCUUAACGGAAACGGUUGGUAUAGUUUUGCAAUUGAGCUGUUGUUAAGAGCGCUGCGGUCUCGAUGACACCGAGAUCCGAUUGUUUUGUGUUAAUGUGUUCGGGGCCUGUUUCUAUACUGAAUACCUUUACCGAAAUAUCUAAGUUUGUAUACCUAAGGCUAAUACUUACUACUAAACACACAAAAAACAACGGUACUAGGUAAGAAGAAUAUACAUCAAUAGUCUUUAUUUGUCGGGUGUUGGAAAUUGAUAUGUAAUGUUCAUUCGAAAUCGCUACCUUCUGAAAACCGGCCCAGUUUCUCUGACCUACCAAAAACUGGCUGAAUAUCGGGAAAGUUUUUGUUUACGAAAACCGAAAUGUUUCAUAAAAUUUGUUCGCAGUUUAGAAACAGCCCCCGUGAAGUAAAGUAAGACAGGUUGUCUUUAUGUAUAUUGUAAAUAGAUAUAGGCAUUAUUAUGAAUAAUGAAUUUUAGAGCUAGGGCGAGUAUAUUUUUAAAUGCACUUAAAGUGUGCGAGGGAGAAAUUCCGUUCAUAUCUCUUUGGGAGACAAGGAUGGAAAACGUUUGACGAAAUAUUGCUACAGGGAAAUAUUUUGAUUAUGGUUUUUUGGUGUUCGGUGAGUUUAUAUUUAUUUACAAAGAUGGUUGCUAUCCUUUCUGAAGUAAUAUGAACGGACUUAUUUUAUAUAAGAUAUAUAAUUCGGAUAUACAGCUACCAUUACGUUGCUCAAAAUGAUAUAGUACAGUUGGAUGCAAUAAUGUCUUGAAUAACAAAUCGCGGAAAAAUAUGAGGCACUUAAUUAUAAGUCUAAAAGUCAUCAGUCAGACCGAAAAGUCACUGAUAAUUAUCAAAAGAUAAUUCGUACAAAAGUUCCAAGAAACUCAUAAAUUGGUACGACCUGGGAUUUGAACUCACAACCUCUGGUUUGAAAGUUGCACGUUUCACCGCUAGGAUACCAGCGCUUUUGACUUUUAAUUUGUUUUUUCGUGGUUCGUUGUGCAAGAUAUUAUUGUCGUUUUUACUACUUAAUAGUACAAGGCUCACUCGAUGUUGGCGAAAGUAAAAUGAAAUAUCCCCUUUCGCGUACAUAAUUACUUACAAAUACGAUAUAAAUACCUAACAAAAACAAAAACACAGCAAGCAACUUUGAACACUAUUGCUGCGUCAGAAAGUCCUUUUUUAUAAACCUGUCAACUUAGAUUAGAUACUGUUUACAUCAUACUUACAGUUAUUGCUCAGUCUUUCGUGUUUAUUAAUAGUUUUAUACAACUACACUUAUUAGAGUCCACUUUCUAAAACAACGCACACAGUUCAGAGUAUUUGGCGCAGGUAUACCCUUGUAGGUAAACGAGUAGGUACUAUCGUCCACGCUGUUAACCGACAAUUUUUAUUUAAGAGUGUUGAUGUUAGUACCAAUGAAUAACGAUAUCACUAACCUAUGCUAUGAUAUAACUUAGAUUGACGUUUAGAUGGUUUACCUAAUAGCGCGCAAUCCGACAGGACAGGGUCGCCGGCCUUACGAGCAACGCAAUACUUAGGUUAGUGUAGUGUAGGUAGUGUAGUGCUUCACGCGGUUAUCACACUGAUGCAUCCGCAUGUUACUCUGGUGUGCGGGCGAGAUGGAGCCGGAUAAGCCUUGGAGGAUGUCUGUCCUUGUCAUAGUCUCACUUUUCAUUUCUACAUACUUCUAGAAUGUCCUAAGUGCCCCGCCAGUACGGUGGACGUAUUGUUGUUAUUGUUACCCACCGGUUCCUGGUAACAAUGAACCCGACUAAAUUACGUUUUUUUUUAUGAAAUAGGAGGCAAACGAGCAGACGGAUCACCUGAUGGUAAGCGAUUCCCGCCGCCCAUAGACACCCGCAACACCAGAAGGGUUGCAAGCGCAAAACGUAGGUUGUUUUUGGGAUGUUGCCAGUGAUGUUACAAGUUACAACGUGUUUUUGAUUUCGUCGCAUUCCGUAUAAUCUGACCCUCACGGGCACGCAUGUUCCUUCUCGAUAUUAUCGUAUCUCUAUGAUGCGUGUAUGUACGAGUAUAUAGCGUCCCGCUCGCACACCGGAGCAGCGUGCGGCGCACACAAUGUGAAGACCGCCUUAGGCUGUGUCAACCGUCCAGGGGUCAAUAACCCAUUUCGUUCCACAUUAGGUACACUCAUUUUUAUUAGGAUUUUUAAGCAAGUUAUACUAGAGUGGCGAUCAAUCCACAAUGGGUUUUGUUUUCAAAUUUACUGCAUUAUUUGUUUGAUAAGUAGCAAUUCCAACAUUUGGGGAGAUUUUACUCGAUUUUUUUAAUAUAGCAAUUUUUUUUCUACUUAAACAAUAUUAAUCAGACAACCAGAAAUAAGAUUAUAUAUAUUUUAAUUUAAGAACUCAAAAAGGGACGAUAUGGGCUGGACACUAGUUGUUACUUGUGUGCUUAUGCUUUAUAAUUAUAUUGAUGUUUGAAAGUGACUAAACUUGACUAAAGUUUAGUGUUUACCCGAGUCAGCUUUUGAGGAAAAAUUGGCAACUUCUCCCAUUUCGAUGAAAUAAUUUAUUUUGGAAUUGUGUAAUUAAUAGAGAAGGCCUUAAAUAUUUCUAAGCUUCAAAUUCUACUAUUAAAAAUAAACUAAAAGGCACCACGCCAACACGAAAUUGAAUCCUAAGUAAAUGUCUUUAAGGUUGAUAUUUCACUACGCACGCUUACUGUUGAAGGGUUUCCUCAAGAGAGAGUCACUAUAGGUACUAUCCGCCAAAAAACUGACCAUCUUUAACUCUUGCCUCGACUAUGCAAGUGUGGUUAGGCGCGGCGCUACACACAACGAGCCGCCUCGCGAGGAAAUUGCCGCGCGAAGCAGCUCGGUCGGUGGACACAUGCUUCGCCCGAGCAAAUGAGAAGUUUUACGACCCGGGUCGUCAGUUUAUUUGCGGAUAGUAUAGAUGCUGUGUUGUCCUGCCUUCAAGUAUUAUAAGAGCCUUAGGUUACUGACGGGGUAGAGAUAUAAUUUUAAUGUCGCCAUAAUUUUGAUGAUAAUCACGUUUCGUUUAACCUUUUCAACGCUACAAGCCUUUGUCAGUGUUAAGAAACAGCUUAGCCAUAGAUACAGGAAUAAUGAAGACACAAAGUGCAACAAACGUUAACUUUUGAUGAAAAUACAAUUACCAGAAACCGUACAGCGCCAUCUAGUUCUUAAUUGUUAAAAGAUCUAGGAUUGAUUCUUCCAUUUUGUGCCUCCUUAUCUCUUGAUCUAUUGUAUGUCUGGUUUAUAUGGUAUAACGCUGUAAACAAACACCACUUUAGACGUCCAAGGCGUUGAAAAGGUUAAGUGAUUCACAAAUGCCGUAUUUUAUUAACGACUUAAUUAAUUUUAAUGAUAGUUGUUGAUUUGUAAGAGUUUAAUGAAGUGAAUACAAACAUACCUCAUACGCGUUGUUUUAUUGCAUGUGUGUGCGUGUGGUCCACUAGAAAUUUAAAAGAGACUGAAGUUAUGUUAUAAUAGUCAAAGAAAAACGGUUACGUGAAAAUAGCAGUUCUACCAGAUAAUUUAGUGAGUUAGGCCGUUUGAUCACUGUAAUCCCACAGGAAGAGCUACUAUUAGAUUACCUAUAACUAGUAAGCGCCAUGAAUCAUAGGCGCAAGCGAGCCAAUAUAGUUCUUACCUGUGUAUGAAAGAAUGAAUGUACAAGUGUUACAGGCUUGAUUCUUGACUUUAUUCGUCCGUCCUUGGCGGCCAAAUAGGUAAUACAUAAUAAGAUAGUGGAAAUACACAUUUAACGACUAGAUGCAAAUUUUUCUUUGACUUUCGCCUGUCUCUCUCUCACUCUCUUUUCUCUGGCCUAACCUUCCAAUUUCAUUUCAGGCAGCCACACAAUGCCUGCUGUGCUGCAUUCACUGCGAACACAGCGGACAUCACUCUAUUUAGACUCAUUCUAUAACUAUUAGCUGCCUUAAUAACUAUAAUAGUAUGAAGUAGAUAUGUUGAAACUGCAAUGCGACUGCUUUUCUACAAUAUGUUUCACUUUGUAAAUAUGUACUAGCUUUUCAGCUUAAACUUAUUUAUUGAUAUUAGUAUGUGUACGCGUGUGUAUUUAUUUGUACUGGUGAUAUGUAGCUUAUAUUGCUGACAAUAAAUUUUAAUGCUUUGCUUUUUUACAUUUUGAUUUUUAACUUAUUAACUCGCAUGAUAUUUCCACGGCACACGCCAACAUCAUUGGCACUAAAGAAUGAAAUCUCGCACCAACAUUGGCGAUUCAAAUCUCGCAUGAAAAAUCUGAAUAAGGAUGGGGUGAUUCGAGUUCUUGACAGUCUUAACUAAAAUAUAGAAAUGGGCUAACAUUGGCAAUGUUCUGAAAUUUGUGGAGCGAAUCAUAGUUUUAUACCUAUUGUAAUUGAAAGUAUUUCAAUUAAAAUUUUCAUUAAUUGAAUUAAUAAUUAUUCCUCAA